CUUCGUGCACGAGAAACUCUUGGCCGCACCGGGGUCGUGGCUAGCAAGCUGGCGUGCUGCCGGGAGCCUACAGAGAUGCAGCAACCACCACCGCAGCUCAUCCGCGCCUAUUUUAUGUCAAGUGGUCCAUGAAGAACCUUCGUGCUUUCAAGGUGCCGGGGGGAGGGGGCGAGUGAGACGAGAGAGGAAGUCGCCGUAUAUUAUUGGCCCCUCGCCCUCCCUCCUUCUCUCUCUCUCUCUCUCUCUCUCUCUCGCUCUCUCACUUUAAGAAAAAGAAAAAAGCCCACUUGUAAUCGACUGACAAGACAGCAUGAAAAUGAGGCUGACACUUGGAUAUGUGCUCAGUGCGAACGCGUUCCCUCAAAGAGACACCUAAGCCUCGGAUGCUAACAUUAUGGGAGCUGUUUGUUUUACCAGGCACAUUUGUUUGUUUUUGCUCCUCUUAAACAGUCGUCAGAGCUCCGGGAGUGCCGGAAAUCAAGAAACAGAUCCCUGUGCAGAAGGAACAGAUGCCUGUCACAUGGAUGCUAUUUGUCAGAGCUCCCUCAAAUCCUAUAAGUGCACUUGUAAAGCAGGUUACAAAGGGGAUGGAAGGCAAUGUGAAGACAUUGAUGAAUGUGAAUAUGAGCACAAUGGUGGCUGUGUACAUGAAUGUAACAACAUUCCUGGCAAUUAUCGCUGCACUUGCUAUGAUGGGUUCAUGCUAGCACAUGAUGGACACAACUGCCUAGAUGUGGAUGAAUGUACAUUUAAUAAUGGUGGCUGUCAGCAUAUUUGUGUUAACACAAUGGGAAGCUACGAGUGCCAAUGUAACCCUGGAUUUUUCCUUAGUGAUAACCAGCAUACGUGUAUUCAUCGUUCAGUGGAAGGAAUGAGCUGUAUGAACAAAGAUCACGGCUGUGCCCACAUAUGCAGAGAGACCCCAAAGGGAGGAGCCUCUUGUGAAUGCAGACCUGGAUUUGAGCUGGCCAAAAAUCAAAGGGGGUGUAUUUUGACAUGCAAUCAUGGAAAUGGUGGUUGCCAGCACACCUGUGAUGACACUGAAUUUGGGCCAAUAUGUGGAUGUCAUCAAAAGUAUGCCUUGCAUUCUGAUGGGAGGACAUGUGUAGAGAAGGAGGCUUCAGCCGAGAACGCUGUUUACAAUACCACGUCAUUAGCUGAUGUGGACAAGCGAGUGAAACGCCGACUGCUCAUGGAAACUUGUGCUGUCAAUAAUGGGGGCUGUGAUCAGACAUGUAAAGACACUUCAACAGGUGUCCGGUGCAGUUGUCCAGUUGGAUUUACUCUGCAGUCUGAUGGAAAGACCUGUAAAGAUAUUGAUGAAUGUCAGUUCAGCAAUGGAGGAUGUGAUCAGUUCUGUAAAAAUACAAUUGGGAGUUUCGAAUGCAGUUGCAAAAAAGGAUACAAAUUAUUAACUGAUGAGAGAUCUUGUCAAGAUAUUGAUGAAUGCUUUUUUGAAAGGACUUGUGAUCACACAUGUGUCAAUUACCCUGGAUCCUUUGAAUGUGUUUGUAAUAAGGGGUACACUCUCUACGGUCUAGCACAUUGUGGAGAUAUUGAUGAAUGCAGUGUCAACAAUGGAGGUUGUGAAUAUGGUUGUGAGAAUGUGCCUGGGAGCUUUGAAUGUCACUGUCCUAUGGGCUACAAGCUUCAUUGGAACAAGAAAGAUUGUAUUGAAUCAGAGGGUGUGCCAGGUGAUAAACUGCAUUCUAAAGCUAUUUUAAACUGCAGUAAAGUGGAAGGAAUUGAUUGCUGUUUUCUGACAUGCCAGUCACAUGUGCACAUCCAGGCAGGGUUGGAAGAUUCAUAUACAGUCACAUGUGGAUUGCCCUCCCUAUGUGUUAAUGGACAAAAAAAUGAAAAUGUGUCGGCUUGCAAUAGACUGGAAUCCUUAAACUUUCCACGGAUCAAGACAACAGCAACUUUUAAGGUUAACUCAGCAAAAUGUAAUUUAAGAAGAAGUCAAGAGACGCUGAAAGAAACUUUAAAAUUAGCACUUAAAGAGAAAAGGGGCCCACAUGCUGAAAACUUGCAGUUCAGUUUUGUGCGUCUACAAUGUUAUACCUCAAAGAAAGGACGCAGUCAGCCAGGACGGAGGGCUGUAGAAGAAGAAGGUUCUAUUAUUGUGGCUGAAUUUGAGAUGGAACUGAGCCAGGGAGAGGUAACAGAAUCUUGUGACUUGGGCUGUGUGCGGAAGCGGACGGAGAAGAGACUACGGAAAACUAUCCGUACUCUAAGAAAAUCAAUCAAUAGGGAGCAGUUUCAUAUACGCAUUGGUGGAAAUGAGUAUGAACUGUCAAAAAAGGGUUCAAAAUCACGCGAUGCAAAUGACCAGUGUGGUACUGGGCAAGUCCUACUGGACAACACAUGUGUUAGCUGCAGUGCAGGAACAUACUACGAUGGGGAGCAAGGAAGGUGCAUUUUAUGUCCUGCUGGCACUUAUCAAGAUGAAGAAGGUCAGCUUUCUUGUCAGUCGUGUCCUAUUGCUGGUGAUGCAGGUGGUCCCAAAAUCAUUGGAGCAAGAAACAUUUCUGAAUGUGGAGGUCAGUGUUUCCCAGGUGAAUUCUCUUUAGACGGAUUUAAACCUUGCCAGUCCUGUCCACUUGGAACAUAUCAGCCUGAAGCAGGCCGAACAUCUUGUUUUCCCUGUGGGGGAAGCCUCACAACAAAGUAUGUUGCAGCAGUAUCUUUCCAGGACUGUGAAACAAAAGUUCAGUGUUCACCAGGACAUUUUUAUGACACAACAACUCACAGAUGUAUCCGCUGCCUAGUGGGGACAUAUCAACCUGAGUUUGGGCAGCAUUACUGCAUUGCAUGCCCUGGAAAUACCACGACCGACUUUGAUGGCUCAACAAAUGUAACUCAAUGUAAAAACAGACAUUGUGGAGGAGAACUUGGAGAUUUCACUGGAUUUAUUGAAUCUCCAAAUUAUCCUGGGGAUUAUCCAGCAAAUAUUGAAUGCACAUGGAACAUAAACCCACCAUCUAAACGACGCAUUCUCAUAGUGGUCCCGGAGAUAUAUCUGCCUAUUGAAGAUGAAUGUGGAGACUAUUUAGUCAUGAGGAAAAGCUCUUCAUCCAAUUCAGUUACUACAUAUGAAACUUGUCAGACCUAUGAACGUCCAAUAGCAUUUACUUCAAGAUCCAAAAAGUUAUGGAUUCAGUUUAAAUCAAAUGAGGGCAACAGUGCAAAGGGAUUUCAAGUUCCAUAUGUUACAUAUGAUGAGGAUUACCAGGAGUUAAUUGAAGACAUUGUUCGGGAUGGAAGACUCUAUGCCUCAGAAAAUCAUCAGGAAAUACUAAAGGACAAGAAGUUAAUCAAGGCGUUGUUUGAUGUCCUUGCACAUCCACAAAAUUACUUUAAAUAUACUGCGCAAGAGUCAAGGGAAAUGUUUCCAAGAUCAUUUAUUCGUUUUCUUCGAUCUAAAGUCUCAAGGUUUCUUAGGCCUUAUAAGUAGCUACUAAAAACGUACUUCUAGGACAAAUUGGGUUCUUAUUUGGUGAAUUCCCACAGAAGACAGAGCUUUUAACAGUGUUUGCAUCCAGUGUUGCCAAUUCAGGAAAUUUGGGCAAAAAGUCUGCUAUUUGAAGUCAGUUGGGAAUGAACAAGACUCUUUUGAUAUGGCGAUCGUGAAGACCAUUUGAUGGUGUACUCUUUCAUGAACUGCUUUCUUUUAAAGAAGAAUUUGAAAAGUACAUUUGGAUGUAUUUAAAUCUUCAUGGAGUUACCUUAAGUGUAUGUUGCAGUGCAUUAUUACAGAAUCCUCUCUAAAUUACAUUUUCUAAGUAUUCCAAUGUAAUGUAGAGUACCUGCACAACAAACAACUGAAACCAGGUAACAGCACAUGAGGAUGCUUGUUUAGAAGUUCCAAAGGAGAUUUAUAGGUGGGGAGUAAUGCAAAUGUUUUUUAAAAUUGCAUGAUAUUGAAGCAUUAUUUCAUACAGUAACCAGUUAUUACACUGCUGCUUUACAUUUGGUUGUCACAAGUCAUUCAAGUAAACAUUUAGGUAAUAAAAUCUUGAAUAAAAGGUUAAAACUAAAUACAAGGAAAUGUUUAGUUGCACACCCCUUGUUGUCAGUUGACUUUUAUUCAGAUAAUGGCUCGAUUGCACUUGAUACACAUCUGUGCAGUGCUCGUGUUUCUCUUUUUACACCAUAAAUGUAACUAUAAUUUAUUCAUCCCUCCCAGCCCCUCGCUCUAACUUUAGUGUCACCAGAGAGAUUUGCCACUCUGAGCACACAAGUGUCCAUGGACCCCAGUCGCUCGCUCACACUGUAAAACUCUACAGUUGGUUUAUCUGGUCUCUGCCAACAGCUGUGUUCUGGAAGAAGGCUGAAAACAAGGCCAAGAGAGACUGAAUGCCCCAUAAUGGGGUUUUUAAAUUAAAUUUAAAAAACUAAAGACCUUGGGAUUGUAAAGUUUAAAUAUGACAUGGCUCUUAUUAAACAACAAGCUACACUGUUCUUUUGGGCACAUCUUGUAUGAAAGUAGUAUGCUGCUCAUAUCAUCUCAGUUAAUGGCAGCAAGUUGAAAUGAAAGUCCUACAGUUUUUUUUUUUUUUUACGAAUAAUGUGUCUUUUGGGAAUUUAGGUAAACUGCUUAACUGUUGGGUUUAUUUGAAGUAUUGGUUAUCUAGUUCUUGUGAAGGUACCUUAAAAAGUUAGAAUGAAAAACUUGCAAAAUGUACGUGUUUACAUAUUGAGCACAGGGAGUCGAAAUGGAGACAAUGCUAAAGUCAUUGCCAGGCCCCCACCUCAUGCGUCUCUAGUAUAUUAAGGGCCAGGCCUCCAUUUUAUUGCUUUGUUAUAAAAGGCAAACGCAUUUAUCAUUUGGACUUUUUGAAAUAACUAAUACAACACGCAUAGAAUUGUAUUUGUAUACCAAAAAUAGACAUUUUCUCCUUAAAAUAUUAUGUUUUAAUUAAUGAUUUGCAGUGUACUAAAAUUCAGAAGUCUUUGUCCCUCUAUAAUCCAUCCAUCAUCCAACCCGCUAUAUCCUAACUACAGGGUCACGGGGGUCUGCUGGAGCCAAUCCCAGCCAACACAGGAAACAAACCCCGGGCAGGGUGCCAGCCCUCUGCAGUCCCUCUAUGAUAUUUCUUGAAUUUAUCAAUUUAAGAAACCUGCAUAUUUUGAAACAAUGGCUUAGAGAAGUGAAGGCUGUCUCUGCAAUAUCAGGUGUAGGCAGUAACAGACAAUGGCUUGGAUGCCAGUCUGGUGUAGUUUACCCAUAUUUACCUUCACACUUGCUCAGACGUGGAUGAUAUCAGAAAUUCCAGUGAGUCAACUAAAGAAAACCAGCAGCACCACACAGACUAGCCUGUAAGCAGGCCAGGGUUGUCCUGGGAGGUGGGAGGCAGCCGUGCUAACCAUUGUGCCACAUUCUCCUCUAAUUAUCACAUCUCAAUAUGGUGACAGCCUUUUCUUCAUCAUUCCAGUUGUAUAUACGCUUACAAUUGUGCUAUAAUACCUUUAUCAUUACAGUACAGUGCUUUUGUGACAACUACUAGUAGAACUCAAGCAUGAAACAACAUACCGUAUAUUAAAAUCCUACUCCAGAAGAACAUCAACCCAAGUUGUUAAGGAUGUGGAAGGUUUUUAUUCAAGUGCUGUCCUUCAGACCCAGCAGAUGGUUCACUAGUUGGAAACAUGUUACCUGCUGCUAAGUGUGUGUAAGGCUUUAAUAUUUUGCCUCGUAUUUAAUUAUGUAAAUUAUGUAUAAAAGACUUAUUAACUCUGUAAUUAACUUUAACAUUUCUUUUAGAAAUUACUUCUGGACAAACAUGAACUUUAUUUUUAAUUGUGUAACUUUUUUGCUCUGAAAUUCCUACAUCAGCUCCAGCAGAACAGAAGUUCAACAGCAGUUAAUAACACAUAAUCAGGUAACAUUAUGUAUGUACAGUGCUUCUGAAAAUAAUAAUAAUACAACAAAAGUUACUGCAACAACUUUAGAGAAAUACUCCAAGCAAAAAUGCAAUUUAUUUUUAAUGUUGCUUACUACAUGUAGUUUUUAAGGGUGGCUGAGAAAAAUUUGUAAUCUCAUGUUUUCAAGCAUAAUGGAGAGAAAAAAGCUUAUGAUGUCAUAGAAGUCAAUAGUGACUAAUGCUGUACAGCAGCAAAUAACUGGAAAAAUGCCCAUGGAAAAAAAUGAAGAAAAUAUUACCCAUGUUGUAUAAUCCACACAUCAAUUAUCCAGUUGUAUACUCAAAACACAUGCAUUUUUUGAUAUAUUUUUAAAUAUAUACUUUGUGAGUAAACAGUGCAAAUUAUAAACAGCAAGCUAAAGCAUCAUGGGAAAGACAUUUUGACUUGAAGACCGGACUGUUGAGUGACGCAUGAGGAGGGUAUUCUGUGACUGGAUGACUGACAUGUGGAUUAUGCAAUGCGAGUAAAGGGAGAUUUGGACUUUUCCGCAUUGUUUGCCAUUGUACACCACUGGUCACUUUUACCUUCUAUUCAUCAUCAUUCAUCAUCAUUUUCCUCUCCAUUCUGCAUGAAAUCAUGAGAUUGACAUAUUUAAAAUAUCAAUUUUGGAUGGAGUAUUCCUUUAAUCCUCCCUUACCUUUAAGUAAAGAGAAUGAAUAACUCCCAUAACAUGUCUUCCUGUUUUCUGUUUGUCUUCACAAGGUUUUAAUCUUGUGCACGUCUGUUGGUUUUAUUUUGUUAAUGUGAUUUGUUUUGCAGAGAUUGUGGAGCCCAAGUCUAUAACUUGGUUUUAAAUAAGAUUUAUCAGUAAUGAAAGGGAUCUGAGGUCAGUGAGGCAGAGCAAAACUUUACUCAUGGCUUUUUACUUUUGUUGAGCACUGCAGUCCUCUCAUUAUUAGGUCUGCUGAUGCAGAUUUCUUGAAAUAGUUUUUCAUUAUUCUGUCAACCUAAAUUGCUGGCUUAAUAUUUGUCUACAUGCAUUGAAAUGUUGUAAAUAAUAGUAAAUAAAUUCACAUUUCCCUG